UGGGCGCCGGAGCUAUGGCUAAGUUCGUGACCGCAGCUGAAGAGGGAAAGCAAAUCUGGGACUUCAAUGUAGAGCACGGAGGAGAGGUGUUCAAGAAUGGUCUCAUUAGGUUGGGUCACCUCGUCCUCAAACCCGUGGCUGUGGUCGUCGGCGCCAAAACCGCUUUGACUGGUGCUGGGGUCGGCUUAUUUGGAACCGGUGUCAAGAGUGUUGGCGUUGGUAUGGAAGCAGUUGGAGCCAAAAUGGUGUCAUCCGGACUGGUAGCUAAAGGACUGGGACACCGAUUAAUCGCAAAGAAUUUACCCCCAUUUCUCAAAUAACUUUUUAUUAUAGCAUUCAUGACAUAUAAAAUCAAUUAUAAAUCACGAAUUAUAUAAAGUUUUUACAAAUUUGUUCAAAUUCUCAUUUUAUAAGUCAAA